AGUGUGUCUAUGCUCAGGGUGUUUAGUGCAUGUCACAGAGAGCAAGGAAAGAAGUCCAAGUGCAGCCGGGUUAUCAGAAAAAAGAUUGCUGCAGAGAAGUGCAAAUUUAUUCAAGUAACCAGGGGCAUGGAAUCAGAUCGCCAAAGACUCUUGAGCAAGAUCUGUUCUUUUCAAACAAGAUGAAGUCAAAGAGCACUGGAGCAGAGAAAUGGAAAGAAUAUCUGGCAAGGAAUGCUGGGGGAAUGAGAUGGAAUCUGAAGGCAGACAAAACAAGAGAUCUUCUGGUGAGGACUUUGUCUGCCCAGCAACAGAGUGCUUGAGGGGACGUCCAAUGCCCUUGGAUCCCAUCCGCUUGCAAAUCAAGUAUUACGGUGACGUGAAAGGGACAGCUGUUUCUAUGUGACAGCACCCAAUGGUUUUGCGGCUACGCUAUGCGAGAGGAAAAUUAAGACGCUCCCUUAAGCCGAGUAAGCAUCACGGUUUCCACACCCCGAGGGAGGACAGGAGAUGGACAGGAGGGGGACACCGGCUUUCGACGUCAAAAGCUACGGGUUAUACGGAGUGUCAACACCGUGAAUAUAGGCUACAGCAUUACAGCGCGUCUUCUUCACAGCCUCUGCAUUAAAACAGUUGUCACGGUUCAACCCUUUCCGCCGGGACUCGUGUUUAACGCCGCGACUCUUCCUCCGCCGCUGAGCCGCUCUCCAGUGCUGAAACCCCGGGCGCAGCUGUCGCUCCGUCCCCUUAGGAAACUGUCCUAAUGAAGGAGGCCGACGCCAUCAAGCUCUUCAUUGGCCAGAUCCCGCGGAAUCUGGAGGAGAAGGACCUGAAGCCCAUCUUUGAGCAGUUUGGGAAGAUCUAUGAGCUUACGGUGAUCAAGGACAAGUACACGGGAAUGCACAAAGGAUGUGCGUUCUUGACGUACUGCGCGAGGGAGUCAGCCCUGAAGGCCCAGAAUGCACUGCACGAGCAGAAGACACUGCCGGGGAUGAACCGCCCCAUUCAAGUCAAGCCAGCAGACAGUGAGGGAAGAGGAGACAGGAAGCUGUUUGUGGGGAUGUUGGGGAAACAGCUGUCAGACACCGAUGUCAGAAAAAUGUUUGAACCUUUUGGGAGUAUAGAGGAGUGCACGGUACUCAGAGGGCCUGAUGGAGCCAGCAAAGGUUGUGCAUUUGUAAAAUACCAGAGUAAUGCAGAAGCGCAGGCGGCCAUUAGCGCUCUACAUGGCAGCCGCACUCUCCCGGGUGCAUCUUCUAGUCUGGUGGUGAAGUUCGCAGAUACAGAGAAGGAGAGAGGAAUCAGGCGUAUGCAGCAGGUGGCCUCCCAGCUGGGUGUCAUUAGUCCCAUGAGUCUACACCUGGGCGCCUACAACGCCUACACACAGGCACUCGUCCAGCAGCAGGCCUUGGUGGCCCAGUCUGCAUAUCUGUCUCCCGUCGCGACGGUGGCUGCGGUGCAGAUGCAGCAGUUGGCUGCUCUCAAUCCCAGCAGCAUCAUAGCCACACCCAUUGCCUCAAUCACACCCUCCUCAGGUACGAGCACUCCUCCAGCCAUUGCUGCCACACCUGUGCCUGCUCUGCCUCCACCAAUCGCAGUCAACAGUUACCCUCCAGUCCCCGCACCGCCCAAUGGCCAGUCUGCCUCUGAAGCCCUCUACACCAAUGGUGUCCAUCCAUAUCAAGCUCAGAGUCCCGCAUUGGAUCCUCUCCAGCAGGCGUAUACAGGCAUGCAACACUACACGGCUACAUAUCCUGCUGCAUAUGGAUUGGUCGGUCAACCAUUUCCACAUCAACCCACUUUGGUUGCCCAGCAGCCACAGCAGCCGCAGCAGCUGCAACAACGAGAAGGCCCAGAAGGCUGCAAUAUCUUUAUUUAUCAUCUGCCUCAGGAGUUCACUGACUCUGAGAUGCUGCAGAUGUUUCUGCCCUUCGGUAACGUCAUCUCAGCCAAGGUGUUCGUUGACCGUGCCACCAACCAGAGCAAAUGCUUUGGUUUCGUAAGCUUCGACAACCCAGCGAGUGCUCAGGCUGCCAUCCAGGCCAUGAACGGCUUUCAGAUCGGCAUGAAGAGGCUUAAAGUUCAGCUGAAGAGGCCUAAAGACGCUAACCGCCCAUACUGAGCUGAACAGGCUGCCCCGUCCAAUCAUAACUCGUGCGGAGACCACGUCGCUAUGGCUAUGGUGGCCUAGCAUCCAAUAAAGCUCCCCCUUCCUCCCACAGCGUUGGUUUGUAAGUUGAUUGGCCUGUGUUGGUUGCUGUGGAGAUAUUCCUGCCUGUGAUGGUUGCCAUUAGCAGUUUUGUUUUUUGGCCCUUUGUCAUGUAUCCUCCAUGCUGAGAGUGCAUGGCGGGUUAACGUGGUGACUAUGGACUGUGUUUGGUGCGUUGUGACUCUCUCUUUUUGUUUUAUAAAUACUGAUCAAUAACUGACACUAAUCUGUGAUUUGCUCCUAACGUAACUCCGGUAGUUAACGGAGCUACGCAAACUCAAUUGAUCCUAUUGAACUCUAAUCAACCAGCUCAAUGUGCUGCUUUUGGGUGGAUUUUGUUUUUGAUCAGUCUCCUCUGUGUUUUGUUUGGUCAUGACUCUAUUUCUUAUACAAAAUACUCCCAUAUGUAGUCUGGUGGUGUUAUAGUUACUGUGAAUGUGGGGUGGGGGGGGUCUCAGUGUGGUUGUAUUUGAUUCCGAGAGCGUUUGUGCUAGUGGAUAUGCUGUUUCGUGCCAACGAGUGAGCUUGUGUACGUGCUUGCGUGAAUGAUGCGAACGAUCCGUGCGUUUGAGCGUGAGAGCGAACGAGAGGUAGGGAACUUCAUUCAUUAUAUCUCUCAAACCUCUCACGAUGAGGUUUGAGGUGACACUCUGUGGUUGUUAUGGUGAAACGAGUGACGCAUUGUGCCGACCAAAGAACAGCAUUCCUCUGUAGGAAUUCUGGGUUAUGACAGAAAACUUGCUCAUUUAUAUUCAGUCAUUCGUCUGAGCAUUCAAAAAAAAAAAAAGGAAAAAAAAAGACGCAGUUAAGUCUCCAGCUGAACGCAGUACGGCCCAGAAUUCCUAUGGUGCAUGUUGGAAAUUUGUUUGCCUGCCAGAAAUGUUUCCCUACUCUAAACGAUCACUAACACAGAAACACACACUUGCAUAAAAACCCCAUUCACUGAUUCACAACGUAGGUUGCAUGGAAGUAUAGAAUGGUAAGCGUUAGGCUACGUCCACAUUAAUACGGAUUUAAUACGUUUCAGACACGCUCUGUACACACUAGCGUUUUUAAGUGUUUUCUAAAAGAUUCAGUUCCAUCGCUGUGAUCAUUUUAGUAAUAAAUGGGGGCUUUUGCACCAGUGGUACUUUUUCAAAGUUCAAAACUAAACUGCACUGAUUGGCCAAAAGCAUACGAAACACGGUCUAUCUGGCAUUUUUAAAAAGCCGCGCAAAUUUAUUUACUCCACAAACAAGUAAAACAGCUGUAAUGAUGUUAACCUAUUUUCUCCAGCGUUGCGUUCUUUUCUCAGCCUACAUGAUGUGUAACACCGCGAGUCGUCGUAGGAGAUUUAGCUCUUUCAGUCACGUAAAUUUUCCAUAUACAAUCCAAUCUCUGUUACCGUAAAACCCACAAAACGCAACAAUCGCAAUCGCUGCAUCCUCCAUUCUCUGGCUUUCGAGGUUUGUAAAUGCAAAACAUUGUCGCUGUCGGCCGCUUCAGAGUUCGUGCUCGAUCAGGAAAUUAGCCGAAGGGAGAAAUUGGUUCUUUAGAAACCAUUCGCUAGCUAGUAACUGAGUCCCUAACACUAUGUGGUGCGAAAGCCCCUAAUAUCCAACCACUGUUUGUUGCAUCCACGGGCACAUUCAAAAUCGUCCUUUAACAUACGAGUGAAAAACUGUCAUCCUCCAGCAACUGCGAGUAAAUAAAGUCAUAUUUGCAGACAUUUAUCUUUAAAAGUAUAGAAAGCACAAGAGUGCUGGUAGAACCACAGAUGCAUACAAUACAAGUACAAUACGUCUCUCAUCAUUUAAACAUACCUCCUUUAUCGCAGUCCACACUAUAACGUUUUCAAAUUCAUAUACUCAGGAGAACAUCUUCAAGCUGCUGUUUUUGCUGGACCAAAAUGGGUAUUUGUGAUAUUUUGAGAUGCUCGGUGUGGACAAAAACCAAAAAAAAUCACAUUUAUCCAGAUCAAUGUGGACGUAGCCUCAGAUAACCUUCCCAAAUGCACAAUAGUGUUAACAACUGUGAAAUAAGUAGGAGUGUUUUUUUGUGUUUAUGUGACCUGCUUUUAACAGCUGUUUUCGUUUUCUUUCCUCUCACAGGGAAGAAAGGAGAGGACUAUCGGAGUCGAUUACAAGUCACUUUUCCUCCACUGCAAAUUACGGGACCAACAACUUUCACAAAACUACAGUAUAAAAAACCUACCAAGAUUAUUUAAACAAAAAUAUACAUUUAAUAACAAAGACAGACUUAUUGCACAAAGUGCAGAUUAAAUAGAUUUGCAGAUUUGCUACCUUAACAGUAUACGAUAUAGGACCAAUCAGCAACGCAACGCCACUCGCUCUUCUGCUUCACACGCUGUUGUGCCGUGUGCUUGUGGGUCGUGACCUUUCUGCCCUCUGCCCAGACAUUUACGCCCUGCACACACACACACACACACACACACACACACAAAUGGGACCAAUGCAAAUAUGUCAGUACACUAGUUUCGCUUCUGGGUUCAAAGGAACUAUGAACUAUUAAAGUCUUUCUGCAGCAAUCUAAAAUAUGUAUAUAGAAAUUUGAGGGGACCAUGUGUAGACAUAUCGAAACGGUUGGGAGGGUGGGACUGGGUCAAUGUGAUCAGAGCAAAGAAUCAUGGGAGGUUCACGGUAGAUAGAGAAAGAAUGUCCUUUUCGGGAGUUUUGAAGGAUUUGCUCUUGGUCUCUAAUCGGAGUCCAGUUAUUCAUAGUUCUUCAUCUUUAAUACUUAAGGAAACACAUGACCUGAGGUAUAGGAUGCUGGUCCUAUAUUGCGAACCUCCCUAAAAUGACUGAAUAUAGUUUAUCACAGAGAGGCUGUAGUUAGAGUUUUUUUAUUUUUAGGUUUGUUAGUUUUUCUUUCUUUCUUUUUUAAAAUUGUGGAUGAUUCGAGAAGAUUCAUGAAAGUUACAAACAUUUAAAAAUGUAUUUCAUUGUAUAUAUAUCAUGCUUUUAAAAUGAAGGUCAAGAUUUAAACAUUUGGGAUAUUAUUAUUUAUUAUUAUUAUUAUUAUUAUUAUUUAGGAAAAGUGAUUUCUAUCUUUUUUUUUUUUGCAAUUAAUUUAUCAAUUUCUUGAUGGAGGGCAUUUUUUAAAUUAUUUAUGAAGAUAGAGGAUCAUUGGCACGUUCCAAUGAAUCCAUGUAUUUUUAGACAUUUUAUUUACAGAUUUACCAUUAAU